AUGAAAGUGCCUCUACGCCCUGCAGCUAAUGAUUCAGAUUCCAGUGAAGAUGAUAAUUCAUCACCCAAAGUCACAGAUUUUGUCACUAGAAAACCCUAUUAUGAUGUGAUUGAUGGCAGUGAAUUUGAUGAUGGGAAAAUAUUUGUUGGAUGUCAGUUGGGAAGUAUGUCACGUAUUGUGUGCCGUAAAAUGACUGCUGGUGGUAAAGUGGAGAGAUUGUGGUUUAUUUUUUCUUAUGUAUAUUUCUUUUAUAUCUGUAGGGCAAUUUCUAAAGGAAGUAUUGUCCCAGUGUGUCGUUUAAGUCAGAAUGUGGACAAUGCUGUAUGGAGAACAUCUUUAUCAGAACCACUGCCAUCAGCACCAAAACCUAUUUAUGCUACAAGUGGAAACUUAAACUCGGAAACCAAAGUUGAAACUCUUUCAAAUGGACUUCGAGUUGCAUCUCAAAAUAAAUUCGGCCAGUCUUGCACUGUUGGAGUUGUGAUUGAUUCAGGUUCACGUUAUGAAGUAGCUUAUCCUAGUGGAAUAUCUCAUUUUUUGGAAAAAUUAGCCUUUAAUUCUACAGCUGAAUUUGAGGACAAAAAUGCCAUACUGCAAGAACUAGAAAAACAUGGUGGUAUAUGUGAUUGUCAGGGCAAUAGGGAUACUUUAAUAUAUGCAGCCUCAGCUAAUUCUAAAAGUUUAGAUCCUGUAAUAAAACUUUUGUCUGAAGCAGUUCUAAGGCCAAAGUUAUCUGCUGAAGAGGUUGAUAGUGCUCGUCAGACGAUACAGUUUGAAUUAGAAGACUUGGAAAUGAGACAAGAUCAAGAACUUCUUUUAUCAGAGAUGAUUCAUGCUGCUGCAUAUGAGAAAAAUACAUUGGGUCUUCCAAAACUGUGCCCAGCUGAAAAUGUAUUUCACAUCGAUAGAACUGUUUUAUAUACAUAUUUAAAAUAUCAUUUUAUACCCUCUCGAAUGGUUAUUGCUGGUGUUGGAAUUGAACAUGAUGCUCUUGUUGAAUCUUGUCAAAGGCAUUUUGUGGAAAAUCCUCCCAUAUGGGAAACUGAAAAUUUAGCUUCAGAAAAAGAAAUACCUGUAGAUAACUCUCUUGCUCAGUAUACUGGAGGUAUGGUAAAGCUGGAAAAGGAUUUGUCAAAUGUAAAUUUAGGACCAACUCCAAUGCCUGAACUUGCCCAUUUUGUCUUGGGACUUGAAAGCUGUUCUCACCAAAGUCCAGAUUUUAUUCCUUUCUGUGUGUUGAACACAAUGAUGGGAGGUGGUGGCUCUUUUUCCGCUGGGGGACCUGGCAAAGGAAUGUAUACACGACUCUACACCAAUGUUUUAAAUAGGCAUCAUUGGAUGUACAGUGCUACUGCUAUGAACCACGCUUAUAAUGAUACUGGGCUCUUUUGCAUUUCUGCAAGUGCACAUCCAUCUAAGCUUAAGGAUUUAGUUGAUGUUAUAGUGAGUGAAUUUAAAAAUAUGAUUGGACAAAUAUCUCAUUCUGAAUUAGAACGUGCCAAGACUCAACUUCAAUCAGUUCUUUUAAUGAAUUUAGAAUCAAGGCCAGUCGUAUUUGAAGAUAUUGGUCGUCAAGUGCUGGCUACUGGAACCAGAAAGGAGCCUGAAUUCUUCAUUGAGGAGAUAGCUAAAGUAACUUCUGAUGAUAUUCAUAACAUUGCUACUCGUAUGUUGAAAAACAAAGCUUCUGUGGCUGCUCUUGGAGAUUUGAAGUAUUUGCCUAGAUUGAAAGAAAUUGAUGCGAGUCUCGUGAGCAAAGAAAAAUUGCGAGCCCAGCGAUUUUCAUUGUUUUCAUAGAUUUCUCAUUUCUUUGUAUAGUGUAUUUUAAAAGCUCAAGCUUCAAAGAAAAACUCGUAUUUAUAUUCUGUAUUUUUCCACUCAUUCUCUAAAAUUUAAACAGAAGUGAUAUGUAAUUAAUUGAUGGCAAUAAAUUAAAAACUAAUUAUGUGAUUUAA